UCGCCUGAAGCCAUUCAAAUUCAGUAUUUGGCAAAUAGAUUUUAGCGUUUCUUUGACUUUUGAGUUUUCACACUCUUGGGAAUAAAGCCGUUAAAAGAAAACCACAAAGCCCGGCAAAGUUUGACAGCUCAACAAAAGCGCCUAUUCUCGAGCACGCGCAAAAUCGGAAGCGUGCGCACGCUUUGUUGUGGUAAUGAGUAUAGCCCCUGCACGCGUGCAGUGGAAAAAAAAGAUAUGUUACAAGUGACACAAUAGGCAAUCAGUUAGCGAUAGUCGAAAGACCAGCUAGAGCGGGAAAAAGCAUCUGCGAGGCACACCACUUGAGUAGAAAUUAUGACAAAAGGAGCUGGUGAAGACAACAACGCAAGCGAUCAAAUUGUUCCUGCAAGCAAGGAGGUGAACAGCUCCGGUGAUAGCUCAAGGUACCGCAAGUGGGCACAACUUGACCGCAGUCGAAGACUAAAGGCCAGUGCUAGAGAGCGCAAAAGACGACAUGUUUUGAACAACGCUUUAGAACUGUUACGAAAGAAAGUUCCCUGUGUGGACCAGAAUCCACAGAAACUUUCUAAAAUCGAGGUGUUGCGGAUGGCUAUUGAUUAUAUCGCCAUGUUGAGUUGCUAUCUGAAAGGCUCUCCUCAAACUGCAGCAGUUCUAUCCGGACCGUUUACACCCGUUGAAAUGACAUCAGCUAUUGCGCCAAAUAUUCCUGCUGGUUCAAAUUUGAUAAUGCACGAUCAAGCCGUUACACUAGUUGUACCAAAAACCUUGGACCAGUUUCCGGUGAGUAAAAACAUUAUUUCUUCGUAAGUUUUCCGCUUUACCCAAGUAUCACACCUUGCGGCGUUCAGCUGCCCUAGAAAGUCCAAUGGUACAAACAUAAUCCACCAUUUGUUCGACUGUUAUUUCCUUCUAUUUCAGCUGGUAACCGUUUUGUUAUUCAUUUUCACAGGGUGGCGAUCAUUACGGAAUUAAAAGUUCAGAACUGGAUGUGUAUUUGAAAGGAUUUCAUGACUAUACUCAGUCAUGACUGACUCAGAAUUAUGACUUCCUUUUUACUAUCUGUAAAAUAUUGUAGAUACAUUGCAGGAAUCGCAUUCCUUUUCCGCCCCUUUUUAAAGAAGCGGUUAGAUAUAUAGUACUGUAUUAUAACGUCCGUAGACCUUGAACAGCUUUUAUUGA